CGGCGGGAGCGGGGAGGGCCGCGGGCGGGCGCGGCUGCCCAGCAGGGGAGGGGGCUGCCCCCGCUCUCGUCUCUAAAACGCCGGUGCCGCUUUGCCCGGCGCGCCGCGUCGCCCCGGCUGCGGUAGGCGCCUGCGAGCGGCUCCGCUCCCUCGCCUCCGGCCCGGGGACGCUCAAGGAUUAGGGAAGGGAGGGGAAACCCAUCGGGCGGAGGAGGCAGGACGCGGAGGCGGGCCGUCGGCACUCCUCCUCGCCGCCUGAGCCGGCGGCGCCGUAGGGCGAGCUCCGGUGCGGGCGCAGGAAGGGGCCGAGCGGCCGGAGGUCCCCGCGGGGCGCCGGCGGCUCCCAGCGGCCCGGAUCCGCGGCUCGGCCCGCGCCGCAGCCCGGCUCGGCGCCCGCCCGCGCCGCUCGGGGCCGGCGGGGCUCGGCGGCGGGAGAAGCGGCUGCUGCUGUCGCCCUCCCUCGCCGCGCUGGGUCUCCCGGAAUGGGCCUCCAGGAGCUGGCGGUGUGGCUGCUCGCGGCGGCGGGUCUUGUGCGCGAGACCCUGCAAGGAGAGUUCCAGAGGAAGCUUUACAAGGAGCUGCUGAAAAAUUACAACCCUCUGGAGAGACCAGUUGCAAAUGAUUCCCAGCCGCUCACUGUCCAUUUCACUCUCAGCCUCAUGCAGAUCAUGGACGUGGAUGAAAAGAAUCAAGUAUUAACAACAAACAUCUGGCUACAAAUGUACUGGACAGAUCAUUAUCUACAGUGGAAUGUGUCUGAAUACCCAGGAGUGAAGAAUGUCCGUUUUCCUGAUGGACUGAUUUGGAAGCCAGAUAUUCUUCUCUAUAACAGUGCUGAUGAAAGAUUUGAUGCUACAUUUCACACUAAUGUUUUAGUCAAUUCUUCAGGACAUUGCCAGUAUCUGCCACCAGGCAUAUUUAAAAGCUCAUGCUACAUAGAUGUGCGCUGGUUUCCAUUUGAUGUUCAGAAGUGUAACCUGAAGUUUGGAUCCUGGACUUAUGGAGGCUGGUCCUUGGACUUACAAAUGCAAGAAGCAGAUAUAUCUGGCUAUAUUUCAAAUGGAGAGUGGGAUUUAGUAGGAGUUCCUGGGAAGAGAACUGAGAGUUUUUAUGAAUGUUGUAAAGAACCCUACCCAGAUGUAACAUUCACAGUAACUAUGAGACGUAGGACUCUCUAUUAUGGACUCAAUCUUCUUAUUCCUUGUGUACUGAUAUCAGCACUUGCUUUGUUAGUUUUUCUGCUUCCAGCAGACUCGGGAGAAAAGAUCUCACUAGGUAUAACAGUUUUAUUGUCUCUCACUGUCUUCAUGUUACUUGUGGCUGAAAUUAUGCCAGCAACAUCUGAUUCUGUGCCCUUAAUUGCUCAGUAUUUUGCCAGCACUAUGAUUAUUGUUGGUCUUUCUGUUGUUGUCACUGUUAUUGUUCUACAAUACCAUCAUCACGAUCCAGAUGGGGGGAAAAUGCCUAAAUGGACAAGAAUCAUCCUUCUCAACUGGUGUGCUUGGUUUCUGAGGAUGAAAAGACCAGGGGAAGAUAAAGUGCGUCCUGCCUGUCAACAUAAACAGCGUCGAUGUAGCCUAUCAAGUGUGGAGAUGAACACUGUGAGUGGACAGCAAUCCAGUAAUGGGAAUAUGCUAUACAUUGGGUUUAGGGGGCUGGAAGGGGUUCACUGCACACCUACCACUGAUUCAGGGGUGAUCUGUGGGAGGAUGACCUGCUCACCAACAGAUGAAGAAAACCUCCUGCACAGUGGCCACCCCUCUGAAGGUGACCCAGAUUUGGCUAAGAUCUUGGAAGAGGUCAGGUACAUUGCAAACCGAUUCAGAGACCAGGAUGAAGAGGAAGCCAUUUGCAACGAAUGGAAGUUUGCAGCCUCUGUAGUGGAUCGGCUCUGCUUGAUGGCUUUUUCAGUCUUCACAAUCAUUUGUACAAUUGGUAUUUUAAUGUCAGCACCAAACUUUGUAGAGGCUGUGUCUAAAGAUUUUGCUUAACUCCUAAGUACAAUCUGAUUCUCUGAAGUAUGAUAUGUAGCAAAUAACGGUGUGUUUUUGUUUGAUCGCUUGUUUUUAGUAAGUAUACUGCUUCUUAUUGUCUGCUUUCUUUUGUACCCCUCUCUGGUCCUGAGUUCCUUUUGGAAGAGUGGCACCAUUUCAGAAGGGAAGCCAAGGAUUUCUCCCUGGGCUGCCUGUGCACAGCUCCUCUGAGCACUCUUCUGUGGGAGAAGUGAAGUGGCUGCAAGUCCCUUCAGAGUGACAGGGUAUUGCACCACCGUCUCUUACACACUUUUGAACUGGCUAUUACAAAAUAACAGGUAGGCAAUGCCAACAAUGUCACUUCUUCCAGACUUUCUAUAAAAGAUAGAAGGUGGUCCAUCUUAACUAUUUGAAUGAGGGAUCGUAAACACUUAUGUUUAGGAGAGGAUUAAAUCCAAAUAGAAGGAAGCUCAAACAGCAGGGAGAAAUAGUUUGCUUUUCAGUUACUGCUUCUUACUGAGUUGUGGUAUGUAGCUCUCCAGCUCACUCAUAACCAGUCAGACCUGCAACUCCCUCCAGGCAUUUUAGAGAGAGCAUAUGUGACUUCACAGGAUUCUGAAUUUGUCUGAGACACCAGAAACCUGAAAGUUAAGAAGAUACACUGCAUAACUUGUCCUUUCUGGAUUUGACCUAGAAGUUUGGCCUGAAUUCUCAAACAGGCUUCACAGUAAUUUUCGCAGUGUUUACUACUUCUUCCAUCUCCCCAGAAAGACAUUUUUUCAACUGAUGACCUUUUUCACUAUCAAAAAGAAAAUGAAGGAUUUAUGAUGCCUUUUUCCUCACUUGUUUAAAAAAGAAUUAAAAAAAUACACACACUUGUCUCUUUACUGUUAACCGGAUUGCAAUGUGGAAAAAGUAACUCAGUCUUGUACAGGCUUAAGCAUAAAUGAAGAAUCUAAAGUAAAAAGAAGCCAUUAAAUGCUGCGAUCAAGGUUUUAAUUUAAAAAUUAGAUGUUUGAGCUGUCGUAUGCUUAGCCUUUUAUAGACCUCUUUUUGUUGAACCACCAUAACGUGUCUUUACAAGAAAACUGCACCUUUUCUGCUCAGUUUAUCACCUGAAGAGCACUAAUGAAUAAUAAAGCUUUCUUGGGUCUGAUAUAAACUAUAAACUGUAUAAAUAUAUAGUUAUAUGUACACACUGCAUAUACGUCCAAGGAAAGGUUAAGACAUAAAUACAAAUUCUCUUACAUCUAGACAGACAUUUGCAAAGGCAAAACUAAUAGUUCAUCACUUCAUGUUAUUUCUGAUUCUGAAAUUCUCCUGUCAAAAUAUAUUUAGUUUUCAUGCAACUUCAAUGUCUUAAUGAAAAGGGCUGAGCUGAGAAUACCGGGACCUGAGACUUCAUGUGUACAGAACAGCUGAGAAUUAGUCUCUUGCCGGCACACCAGUAUUCCUGACCAGUGAUCAAAGUGGUAAAAGGUGUGGGGGAGGAUUACUUUAGCAUUGACUGCUUGCUUUGUCCUGCAGAAUCCUGACUUUUUGGCUGAGGUCUUCAGAGACACAAAUGGAGGCCUGUUGUUGUACCAUGUUUUUACUGUGAAAUAAACUCAAAGCCUCAGUUUAUCUCUUGAGCUGGAUUAAAAUAAAGUGACUGAAAUGCUUAUUCUCCCUAGAUAACAAUUUCAUUUUCAGAGUCUGCUCCCCUGAAAGCAGGAGAAUCAAAUUUCAUGUAAACCAAGCCCAGAGUCACCACAGGUAUAGUCCAUCACCCGAGUGAACGCCUUGCUUAAGCACCUUCAUGCCAGAGAAAAGGGCAGGGAGAGUGAAAGGAAGGCAGGAUAUUUCUUAGAGUUUGUGAAUUCUGUCUUCCUGAAUGCUCAUUCAGAAUCUCACACUGUGAAGACAUGAGCAAAGCAUUCAAAUCCUUCUUGAAAGCUCAUCUUGAAACUGUCUCAGAGUUAUCUGUGAUGUUAUAUUUUCAGGAACAAUUAUUAAGAAUUAGCCAUGCAAUAAUUCCUGCAAAUAGUUUCUAGUUUGUAGAUUGCAUAUGAAUAGGAAACUGAGUCCAAAAUCUGAAAUGUGAGUUUUGCCCAUUUGUGAAUAACUACACAUAUGAUGUGGCAUGUGCUGCUCUUCGGAGUAAUGUUUCUAGACUAGGCUUCCUGAUGUGAAUGUUGAUUUGCAUUGGUAUUUUUUCCUUCUGCAAAAGCUACAUAGAAUGUUCCAUUUAGUGUUUGUAAAGGUUUGGGGUCCUCUUGGAGAGGAAUUUUUUCAAGAAGAAAUGGAAGACUUUUAGGGACUACCUUGUACAAUGAGACACAACUAUUGCAAUCAUAAUACAUGACACAUGUAAUAUAGGAAGCAUGAAAGUACCCCUCUUUCCACCAGAAUCCAUUUACAGUAUCUGUAGAAAUCAUCUUGCUAAAUACAGGAGUUCUUUAUAGAAGGAUAGAGAAAACAAUUUACAAUUUGACAGUAAACUUCAUUAUCAAUGACAGACAUGCCUACGCUUAAAAACUGGAGACUGGUAUUUGGCCUUUAGUGAAGUCCUGCCAAAGUCUGUAACACUGAGUUUGUAAUACUGUCAAAGUUUGUAAUACUGUCAGUGAAUACUAGGUGUUAGACAAAGUAGCUGUAAGACACCGGCAUCAUGCCUACACUACUGCCUUUAUUGUUGGCAGGAUUAAUGAAAAUGCACCAAAGGGACAAAUGAAUCCUAAUUUUCCUACUGUUAACACAACCUGUAAACAUUUGGUAAUAAGAUUAUUAUAAACUUUAAAUACAACAGUGACAACUUCUCACUUACGUUAUUUUGCACCUAUGAGUUAAAUUUUCCUAUAACUGAGCUGAGCAAAAUUGGUAUGUUUCUUGUCAAAUUGUGUGUGUCUUAAAUAUAUUCAUGUAUGCGCUAAACAAUAUUUUGAUCUAAAUGCUGGGAAAAAUAUUUAUUUACAAUUCUGGGCAUAAAGAUGGAAAUAAAAUACUGUAUACAGUAUGCGUAUAUAAUAUUAAAGACUACAUAUUGAUGGUAAGGAUCUGUAAUGAUCUUAAGAGUCCAGAGAGAGGAUAAGCAAGUGGUUCACCACAACUAAGCUAUGACUUGUCUGACAAAUUCAAAAGCUCACUAUAGAGCUCAGCUGUCAUGUACAAUACUAUGUGUGAACAAUGUAUAUUACUUUUUCUGUUUUUAUAUUGAAUUGUAUUGAGUAUUUUAAAAACUUUUUAAUAUUUAAAAAAUUUUAUUUAAGUGUUAAUGCCAAAAAAGUUCCAAACAUGAAAUUUUAAAAGGUUAGUUUUAAAUACAGAUAAAUUAUUUAAACAGUAUUUAAAAUAUUAAAUUAUUUUAUAUAGGAAUUGAUAAUACUAUGUAAGACUUUUUUUAAAGGUUUCUUUAAAUUCUCUUUACAUUCUGUCUAGCUGCAGGAUGUAAUCUCAGUUCACCUGUGACAAUUCAACUUUUCACCUUCUUUAACAAGAAAAGAAGGUAAACCAAAGUCCCAGAUUUUCUUUCCUUUUGUUAUACUAUUUUUUACAUUAAGAAUGCAUAAAGGGCACUAGAAAGAGAUGUUACAUCUGUCAGGUACUGAUUGUCAUAUAAGCAAUUCAAUACCUUUUCAGUCCAGUACAAAUAAAAGAUUUAGAUCAAGA